AUGUCCGCUCAGCCAGCAUUCGCAAGACAGCGCCCUGGCAGUGUGCGGAGAACAGUACAAGUAUUAGAGUCAAACCAAUCACCCGGAGACUCAGGAACUAAGUGGUCUGAACUCGAACCUUCCAGAUCCACUUCCGGCUGUAACGAUGGGAGAAGUGGGAUAUUUUCUCCGAAACAGCGCCCUAUUGUACCGAAAGUUGAUGUUCAGGUCAGAAGGGCUAAAUCACAGGGCUCGGAUAGGGGGCAAAGGGCCGGUAUGCUGAAUAAAGGCGAAACACCUCCAGUAACGCGUAAGUAUUGA